AUGUCGGACGAGCGCAACAUUGUCAUUGUCGGCGCGUCAACUGCAGGUCUUUCGGCCGCACACUAUACCUUGAAGCAUAUCCUUCCUGUCGUCAAAGCAAAACAAGAUGCAAAACAUCAUGUUUACCUCAUUGCGCCUUCGGCACGCUGGUACUACCGUGUAGCCUCCCCACGUGUUGCGGCCUCUACCAGGCGUAUGGCUGCCGAAAAGGUUAUAUUUGAUCUUCACAAGAGUUUUGCAAAAUAUUCAAAGGAAGACUUUACCUUUGUCGAGGCAUCUGCUACUGGUCUCGACACCACCUCCCGCACCAUUGCAUACCGCAGCAACAAUAAGGAUCCCGAAGAAAAAGAACUGGCCUACCACGCUUUGAUCGUGGCCACGGGGACCAAGACUUAUCAUCCUGCCUUCUCUGCCAGCAGCGACAUCCAAGAUACCCUCAACGCCAUCAAAGAGACCAAUGAAAAAAUAGCCGCCUCGAAGAAGAUCGUGAUUGCAGGCGGUGGACCCACGGGCAUUGAAUUUGCAGGCGAAGUAGCAGAACACCUCAACGGCAAACCCGGCCUGUUCAGCAAACUCCAGCGCAACGCCACCAUCACCCUCAUAACAACAGAUCCCCAUCUCCUCCCCACCCUCCGUCCCGCCAUUAGCAAAUCCGCCGCCGCAAAACUAAAAGGCAUGGGCGUUGACAUUCUCUACAACACUCGUGUCCUCGACACCGCCACAUCCUGCAACAUCGACAGCUGCGACCUGUCCAAGGUCGUCAACCUCUCCGACGGCUCCACCCUCGAGGCAGACUACUACGUCCCGGCCUACGGCGUCAUUCCCAACUCCACCUGGCUCCCCGAUGUCCUGCUAGACGAAAAGAGAUAUCUUAAAAACAACGCGCAUACACUGCGCGUCGAUGCCGCAGGACCCCGCGUCUACGCUUUUGGCGACAUUGGCUCGCAUUCCAACAACACGGCGUGGCAAAUCUCGCAGUCACUGCCUGUGCUCGUUGUGAACCUGACGCGCGAUUUGCUUGCCUUUGAUGCGGCGAAUCCAGAGGCUAGGCCCAAGGGCAAGGAUCGCCGGUUUGUGCCUGAUGCGAGGGAGAUGGGGAUUGUGCCGAUUGGGAGCGUGGGAGGUGUGGGCGCGGUGAUGGGAUGGAAGGUGCCGAGUUGGUUUGUGUGGUUGAUCAAGGGGAGGGAUUAUAUGGUGGGAUUGAGUGCGGAGGCGACGGCGAGCGGGGGGAGUGUGGGGAAGAGGGUCAAGCUGGAGAAGGAGGAGGAGGUUAUAUGA